AUGUGGUCCAAACUUGUCGAGAAGUCUGCCAGCUGUCAUGAACUCAUAGACCACGACCUGCUCCCACCGCCCCUGCCUGUCGCGCUCAUCGCAGUACCCCAGCAGGCGCACCAGGUUGGGGUGGUUCUUGUUGCCCAUCUCCGCCACCUGGGGGCACGCAAGGCAGGGGGAGGGGAGCGGACUUGCACCUCCCCCCUCUCCUCCCCAUCACCCCUCCUCUCUCUGCUCUCCAACACCACACUCUUCCGUCCCCUUCCCCCGCACUACCCCCAUCACCUCCCCCGCACUACCCCCAUCACCUCCCCCGCACUACCCCCAUCACCUCCCCCGCACUCCCCCCAUCACCUCCCCCGCACUACCCCCCUCACCUCCCCCUCGCUUCCCCCCUCACCUCCCCCGCACUCACCCCCUCACCUCCCCGGCACUCCCCCCCUCACCUCCCCCGCACUCCCCCCCUCACCUCCCCCGCACUCCCCCCCUCACCUCCCCCGCACUCCCCCCCUCACCUCCCCCUCGCUUCCCCCCUCACCUCCCCCGCGCUUCCCCCCUCACCUCCCCCUCGCUUCCCCCCUCACCUCCCCCGCACUCACCCCCUCACCUCCCCGGCACUCCCCCCCUCACCUCCCCCGCACUCCCCCCCUCACCUCCCCCGCACUCCCCCCCUCACCUCCCCCGCACUCCCCCCCUCACCUCCCCCUCGCUUCCCCCCUCACCUCCCCCGCGCUUCCCCCCUCACCUCCCCCUCGCUUCCCCCCUCACCUCCCCCGCACUCCCCCCCUCACCUCCCCGGCACUCCCCCCCUCACCUCCCCCGCACUCCCCCCCUCACCUCCCCCGCACUCCCCCCCUCACCUCCCCCGCACUCCCCCCCUCACCUCCCCCUCGCUUCCCCCCUCACCUCCCCCGCGCUUCCCCCCUCACCUCCCCCUCGCUUCCCCCCUCACCUCCCCCGCACUCACCCCCUCACCUCCCCGGCACUCCCCCCCUCACCUCCCCCACACUCCCCCCCUCACCUCCCCCGCACUCCCCCAUCACCUCCCCCGCGCUUCCCCCCCCCACCUCCGCGUGGAACUCUUGGAAUUCGCGCGCGCGGCAGCGCUUGAGGAGCCACGGGGUGGCGCCGUCGCGCGGGUCCACGCCCUUGAACAGCACGCGGUAG